AUGACGCCCAUGCCGUCGGGAGUCAUUGCCGCCGAGCCCCCGCUGCCCCCGUGGGCACACGCGCGGCACGCGCACGACCGCCUGGCGCUGCUGCCGCUCGAGGGAGACGGCGAGGCUGCCGCGCCCCGCGCCGAGACGGCGGGCUGCCCGCCGGCCCUGGCGCUCUGGGCGCUCUGCGGCCUGCUGUGCUGGAGCCUCGUGGCCGUCGUGGCCUCUGCGGGCCCCGCGCGCAGCCCCGGCCACGGGGCGCGCGGGGCCGACCGCAGGGUCACCGUGGUGCCGCAGCUUGCUGGCAGGGAGCUGCCGCCGCCGCCGACGGCCGCCGCCGAGGGGGGCGCCGAGCCCUGGCAGCCCGCCGCGUGGGCCGAGGAGCAGGCCCUGCCAGGCUCGGGCCUGCAAGUGCUCGGCGGCGAGCUGGGGCGCCAGUCGGACGGCGCGCCGCCUGCUGCGGCCUGGGCAGAUUCGGGGACCGCCACCGCUACCACAUCCAUUCCCUGGGCCACCUGGACCACUCAGGCCACAGCCAACUCGGCCUCGUCGACUUCGACGACCAGCACUGGGACCACCGGUGUGACCGAGACGAUCUUGCAGGACCCUUUCCUCCAGCACGGUAACGGCGAGUUCUCGUACGAUGAUGUGCUUGAUAGGCUGCCGACCAACAACUUCCGCACGGUGAACGAGGACAACCCGCUGUUCAACCCCGCGUACCCACCCGUGCAGACGACAAGGCUGCCCGAUUUUGUGGCCCGCUUUGACUUGGUGUUCGGCCUCGAGGACGCCACUGACGGCUGGGGGCGAGUACCCCCACAAUCCUUCUUCGACGUCCCCGACCUCAGGGCGCUCCGCGCGGCCCUGGUGUCGCCUCUUCGCGCGGAGGACUUCGUCGACGAGUGCGAGAAGUAUCUCGACCCGUCAGGCCCAGACCGGAUCGUUGUUUUUGGAGUCCUAGAGGUGCCUCUGUCAGCCAGUUUCGGCGUCACCGCCGAGGCUCGCUCCCAGACCGUGUGGCGGCUGGAGCGUUUUUUCAGCCGCAUCUGGUAUUUAUCCACUGACGAGUCGUUGGCAGGCGUCACCACGAUGCCGCUGGGUUUCUUCGAGCCGUACAUGCGCGGCCGGACUGACGAAUUUGUCGAGGCGUACCGAGCCGCCCGCGUCGACGGCGGCCACAAGACACAGAGUGUUUUGGCGGCCUGGGGCGUCUACUCGCAGAGGAACGGAUCGAGGAUUACGGAGUCGCCAGAGCCCAACGCGCUCGGGUACGGCUCUGCCGAGUGGACGGCUGUCGUGAACGCCGCCAUCGACACCAGGAACGAGGCGGAGGCCUGGCUGUCCUCCGGCGGUGGCGAGGGGCUCGGCGUCGACGCACGGCCCGUCCCACUGGAGGCCUGGUUCCACGCACUGUCCAGCCACAAGUUCCUGAUCUCUCCGAUGGGGACGGCGAUCCAGUGCUCGAGGCUGGCCGAGUCGCUUUCGAUGCUAACGGUGCCGAUCGUCAAGCGCGGCGCCUACCGGACGCACGACGACCUGGUCAGCCUCGGGUUCCCCAUCGUGGUCGUGGCAGAGUGGUCCGACAUCACCUCGGACGCCCUGUCCAGGUGGUGGGAGACGUUGUCGCCCCGGCUCGGGCCUUUCCGCCGGGAUUGCCUGACGUCCGACGGUUUUUGGGAGAUCUUGACGACGGGGAGCGGGCGCCCGUACAGGCAGGAAGAGGUAUUCGAGAUCCGACGGGGCGGCUUCAAGCAGGUCUUCUACGAGGCGGUGCUGAAGUGCAUGAUGUGCGAGACGAGAGAUUGCACAUCGCGAAUGGGGACGGACGUGGCGGUCGUGGUAUCCGCCAUGAUCGCCGCGUUCAAGCUCCAGUAUUUUGCAGAAGCGUUCAGCUGCAGGGCUCGAAGCGGGCGGGCGCCGGGCCGCUCCGGCCGCCGCCGCGCGGGCGGCGCGGACACCGCGCGGCCGCUCCGGGCGCCGCGCGGCGCCGGGGCGCUAGGCGGCGGCGCGGAGGGGGCCGAGAUGUCGAGUGGCUUCCGCGACUCGUUCACCAAGGCUGCGGAGUUCCUGGACAGCCUUUACCGACCGACCCACGAGCACCACGUGCAACUAGUGGGGCCCACUGGCCCCGAUGCCACCGAGGGACCAGACCACGCGGCAGCGGCGGCAGCGGCCCCCCGCUGCGGCCCGACGGGCCUGGCAGCUGCGAGGCUGGGUACGAAGGGAGUGGCCUCGACGCGGAGGGGCGUGCGCUUGGGCAAGGAGGCGUCGCCCACCUCCAUGGCGCGAGCCACAUCCGCCGUGGAGUCCAGCUGCACGCCGACGUUCGGCGUGGUUCCGCUCGAGGUGGGCUCAGCGCUGCCUCUGCCGAGCCUGGGGCCUGCAGAGGCCCACGCGAUGUCCGCCGCGGACGCGUGGCUCGCCAUGGGCGCGCGUCGGGCGCUGCCGCUCCUCGCGUGCAUCCUCGGCCUCCGGGUGGCCUCCGCUGGCCGGCUCCAGGUCGGCCGCAGGGCGCAGCAGGUCGCCAAGGGUCGCUUCGUCCGCGAGGCCGCCGGGCUGGCCCGCGCGCUGCGCUCCGGGCUGGGCGCCCAGAGGCAGGCGCCAGAGCUGAUGGCCGAGCUGGCCCGGGAGCGGCUGGGGCAGGAGGCGGACGGGCUGGAGCCCGCGGGGGCAGCGCUGCUGCGCGCGUUCGUGGGCGGCGCCCCGGACUCCGUGCUGGUCUCGCCAGUGGAGGCUGAGGAGGUCGAGUCGCCAGGCGACCAGGGCUUCGCGGUCAUGGAGGGUCCGAGGGCGAUGCCGGCCGGCGAGGGCUUCGCGGUCGUGGAGGGUCCAGCAGGAGGGGCGAUGCCGGAGGACCAGGGCUUCGCGGUCGUGGAGGGGCCGGAGGCGAUGCCGGGGGGCCAGGGCGCCAUGGUCGUGGAGGCCAGCGAUGGGGAGGGCGCCCCAGAGGUGGAGCUGAGCGUCCCCAGCUUCCUCAACAGGGGCGCGGAGGGCGCCCAGGGCGUGCAGGGCCUGCUGCGGCAGGACGCCGUCGCGCAUGCGGCGAGGUCUCUCGCCUCCGAGAUGCAGGCUAUUGAGGACACCCUGGGCCGCGAGGUGCUCCAGCAGAUCGUCGGGGAGUACUUCUCCGACGCCGCCCGCAGGGCGGAGCAGGCCGGCGAGAUGGCGGCCAUCGAGGCCUGGCAGCACCGCCAGGCGAUGGAGAGGUCCUUCGGGCACGCGAAGUCCAAGGGCGCCAUCCCGCACCCGGCCAGUGCGGGCGGGAGCGACCGACGUCAUGUCCGACUUUGGCCCGAAGUCCGCUCGGGAGGGACCCCGGCUCCGAACGCGACGAAGCCCGGCUCCGUGGCCCGCAACAAGACCGCCCCCGCCGUCACGAUUGGGCAGAACAAGAGCGCGGUCUCUGCCGCGAUGGUGGAGAGGGCGGCGCAGGUUUCUGACGUCUCGCGGGAGGAGGGCCUUGGGCGAGGGGAGCGACCACGGCCAGCGGCGGCGACGGUGAGCCGCCCGCUCCCCCGGCGCAGGGAGGCCCCGACCCGCCCGGCAAGGGCGGCCCGGAGGGCGCCCCACGAGGCCGCCGCGGUGGGCACGCCCGGGGCGUGGCCGCGGGGCUCCACGGACGCCACCUGGCGCGACCAGAGGGGCGUGACGUUCCGGCGCAAGUGCGAGGGCAAGCGGUGCGUCACGAGGGUCAUGAGCGCCCUCGGCAGACGGCAGCGUCCCGGCUCAGGGGGCGCCUUCCUGACCUCGAUCCGUGCUGCUUGCCCCACGGCCGCCCUGGGCGCGCCUCCCCCCACGAUGCGGACCUCGGCCGUCCUGCUCCUAUCCUGCGCCGCCGCGCCGGCCAGCUCGCUCUCCAGCGGCGAGUCGUGGCCGUGGAGCAGGAAGCAGGCCCUCGAGGAGGCCCCAGCGAAGCCCGUGGCCCUCGGCGCGGUCGGCCUGAAGGUGAUGGUGAAGGCCCCCACCCGCGCCGGGUGCUGGAUGCGGAUGCCGUCGGGAUGCCCCAAUGACCCCAUGGACACCGCGAAGUGGAGGCACGACACGUGGGCGGAAGCGCAAGGCCUCGACGAGGCGGGCUGCCACCAGCGCGUGAGCAUCUGGAACGGCUAUUGCGGCUCGCAGGACGCGAUGAUGGCGUUCGUGCCCAAGGAGUCGGAGGACCGCUCGGAGCCGCUCAGCGCGCUGCAGAUCUCCGCCACCCACUCGUGGUCGUGGCCCUGGAGCCAGCGCAGGGCCGACGACAAGCAGGCUCACCCCCAUGCCGUGGCGGCUCGCGACGAGGAGCAGGCCGAGAAGGUCCACACCAGCUCGAUCAUGGCGGCCCGUGACGAGGAGGCCCCUGUGGCCUCGGGCGACCUGGCGGCGGCCCCCGUGGCCGCGGAGCGGCCGUCCCUCGCCACCAGCACGGACGGCAAGGUGAAGAUGGCACGCCCGACUCGCCCCGGCUGCUGGAUGCGGAUGGCGUCUGGGUGCCCCAACAAGCCCGACAUGCAGACCGAGUUGUGGAGGCACGACACGUGGGCGGAGAAGCACGGCCUCGACGAGGCGGCUUGCCAGUCGCGCGGGGCCGUGUGGAACGGCUAUUGCGGCUCGGAGGACGCGGUGAUGACCUUCGUCGCCUCGCAGAGAGUUGGCCGCCGAGCCUCGGCCAGCAAGGCCGCCAUGCAGCUCGGAGGCGUUGAGGACGAGGGCGAGGCGACCUGCGAGGCUCAGGGCGGAGGCGCCCCGCUGCUCCUGCUCGGCUGUCUCGCAGAGGUUGGCAACCCACUGCGACAGGAGAGCGCACCCGACCGAUUCAAAGAUUCCAGCCUGCCGCCAGGGAGGCAGUGCAGUGCCGGAUGCCACAGCGAGUACGGCGACGGCAGCAGAGAGGCGAGCUGGAAGACGGUGGAGAAGGGCUUCCCCAGAAGAAACUGUUCCGGCUGUACCUACCGAUACUGUGGAACAGCUGACAUGGUGGAGAAGGUAGAUCAGGCGCGGCGGGCUUCGAAGCGAUGGACACCGAAGACAACGUGUCUGCUGAUUGUCAAGUUGGUGACCCUGGCUUCCAUGUGGGCCGGCGUGUUCGGCACCGUGCGGCAGCUGGGCAACGAGACGGAGAUCCAGAAGUUCGACCCGUUCACCAUCCUUGACGUGCAGCCUCAGGAACGCGAUAUUCCCAUCCAAUCGAUCUACCAGACGCGAACGUACAUAAUGGUAGACGUUGCAGCACAUGUCUUUCAACCGCGCAAGAACAGUGGUCGCCCUGGCGUCCGCGAUGGGCUCGGGGCCGCUGGCCGCGGCGCUCUGAGCUUUCGACACGCAGCAGGUAACCGAGAACGCGUCGUUGCUGCAGGUGGCGGCAUCCGAAAGGUUCACCUCAAGCUUUGCAUCGGCGGUUCGGGCCUCAAUGCGACGGGCUUCAAGGAGUAG